AUGAUUCCUGAAGAAGAUACGGAUGAAAGCGACAAGGAGCUGCGGGAGACAUACGUCUUUAACCAUCAUAUAAGACAACCGGUGAUAGACACUUCAAGGUUUUCGCGAUUUGAGAGGAUGCUACGCUCGGUGGCAUACGUUCACCAUUUUGUGAAUAUCUUACGUGCUGCGAAAGACAGUAGAUCGGCAGACAUAGUUGGGGUGACGAGCGUAGAAAUACAGAUGGCAGAAAGAACGUUGUGGUUGGUUGCGCAGUCCGAUGCCUUCCCGGAAGAGGUUGCGAUCCUCAAACAGAACUUGGUGCGGAACAAGGAUCAUCAGAAGCAAAUCGAAACAUCUAGCCAGCUGGUACAGCAGUCACCGUUUGCUGAUGAAUACGGAGUGUUGCGGGUAGGCAGUAGAGCAGCAGAAGCACCAAUACCCUACGAUGCAAAGUAUCCUAUAAUCUUGCCAAGAAACAAUCGGAUUACUGAGCUGUUGUUGGAUUUCUACCAUCGGAAAUACGGCCAUGCUUAUGAUGAAACCGUGGUCAACGAGGUGCGUCAGAAAUUCCACGUGCCACGACUACGAGUGCAAGUUCGACUGGCAAGAAAACGCUCUAUGUGGUGCCGCGUGUACAAGUCAACACCGGCGUAUCCGAAAAUGGGACCGCUCCCGGCGGAGCGACUGCAACCAGCUGUACGCGCAUUUACGUAUGUGGGCGUAGACAUUUUUGGACCGUAUUUAGUGAAAGUCGGAAGGAGUGCGGUGAAGCGAUGGGUCUGCCUUUUCACCUGCCUUACGGUCAGAGCUAUCCACCUUGAAGUUGUUGCCAGUUUAUCAACCGAUGCGUGCAAGAAGGCGAUCAGAAGGUUCAUCGCACGCCGAGUUUUCUCUGACAACGGCACGAAUUUUGUAGGAGCGAGUCGGGAGCUUCAGGAGGAGAUCGGCAGGAUUCACACCGAGCUGGGUAGCACCUUUACCAACGCCCAAACGCAAUGGCGGUUCAACCCACCGGCAGCACCCCACAUGGGAGGCUGUUGGGAGAGGAUGGUUCGCGCCGUGAAGUCUGCCCUAGGGAGCGUUCCUACUGUGCGGAAGUUGGACGAUGAGUCGUUCGCUACGGUAUUAGCUGAGGCGGAAAGUAUGGUGAACUCCAGACCACUUACGUUUAUCCCGCUGGAAACGUCCGACCAUGAGUCACUGACCCCGAAUCACUUCUUACUGCUGAGUUCGAAUGGCGUGCGGGAACCUGAGAAGUUUCCGAUGGAUGCAGGAAUGGCGUUGAGAAGCAGUUGGAACAUGGUGAAACACACGCUAAACAACUUCUGGCGCCGCUGGGUGCUGGAAUAUCUACCAACUAUAAUACGUCGGACGAAGUGGUUUCGGGAUGUGAAGUCGAUCGAGGUAGGUGAUCUUGUACUCGUAGUUGACGAAAAUGUGAGGAACUGGUGGAUACCUGGACGUGUGAUCCAGGCUAGUCCUGGGAAAGAUGGCGUUCCGCGUCGAGCGGAUGUGAUGACAUCAGGAGGAGUUUUGAAGCGACCUGUUACGAAGUUGGCUGUGCUGGACGUUGCAGGGUCUGGUGACGCUAUGCUGGAAGUCAAGGCGACACGGGGGGGAGGAUGUUCGCCGCAACAGCCCCUCGUAUUGAACAGCUCUAAUGGUGAUCGACGUGAGCCUCCAUCCGUGGGCAUGAGAUCGCUUGACGGCGAUAAUGUGUCAAACUAG